AUGCCGUCGUUCUUCGCGUCCGGGUUGAACACCUUUCCGCCAACUCCGCCUCACACCAACGCCGGGCCUCGCAUAGAGACAGACCCGUCCUUCUACGCCAGCGCCAGCGUCAACGGCCACGGCUUUCCCAUCAGGUACGGGGCCGGAGCUGAGUACGAAAAGUACCAGCCUACCUACGCCAACCCGUAUCACGCCGUCCGGGACUCAGGCAACAAGCAGAUGAUCGCUCACCAGAUGCUCUACAGCAACCUCUCCCACGGCCACGGCCACCACGCCCAUCCCGGACUCAUGGCCUUGCACGGAACCAAGCUCGCUCCCAUGGACAGCGCCAUUCCGCCCCAGUAUCGUCGGCACGAUCCCAUGGUCCACCACGACCAGAUCCAGCAGCAGCAGCAGCAUCUUCAGCAGCAACAGCAGCGUAAGCAGGCAAAGGAACAAAAGACCACCGGCGGCGUGGCGGCUCAUCUAGACUACGACAUGGACCAGAUGACCGACUUCGUGGCCGAGAUGGCCCAUGGAAUGUAUGCUCUCUACCAGUCCAAGCUAGUCCUUGCAGAUAUUGACAUGCUCCGAAGCGUCCACCCAGGAGCCACAGCGCCCUCGCAGUUCCGCAAAUACGUCUCCCAGAUCCUCUCGUCCACGCGUCUGCCCAGCUCGACCAUCCUCCUCGGUCUCUACUACCUUGCCUCUCGCAUGCGGAUGCUCUCCUCCGCCGACAUCUACCCUGCUUCUCCUGCUUCUGCUUCUGCCUCUCCCGCCACGACGCAGGUCUACCGCAUGCUCACCACCGGUCUCCUGCUCGGCAGCAAGUUCCUCGAUGACAACACCUUCCAGAACCGCUCGUGGGCCGAAGUGAGCAGCAUCCCCGUCGCGGAUCUCAACACCAUGGAGCUCGACUGGCUCUUCGGCUUCGACUGGAAGAUCCACGAACGCAUCCACACCAAACAUGACGGAUUCAUGUCCUGGAAGGCUCACUGGGAUAGCUGGAGAGUCAAGGCCGACGCUCGUGCCGCCGCUGCAGCUGCCGUUGCAUCGUCCAACGAGUCUCGCGCCAAACUCGCUCCCAUCGACACCAACAUCCAGCGUCGCCAUCCACACUACCACCACGGUCAUUCCCUCCACCACAGCGCCCUGCCAAAGGCCAUGCUCUCCCCAGACGGGCCCAUUCCACCCCAGUACCAACGCAGCGCCUGUCCAUGGCUCACCACCAGCAACUCCUCCACGGCAGCCACCACACCGCUCGCAGCAUCGGACUACUCGCCUCCGUCCGCUCCACACACCGGUCCCAGCACACCUGACUACUUCCAGUCUGCCGGCUCUGGCUCGACUGCUGCCUGGCCCUAUAACGCUCCACCGCCAUAUUGCGCCACCUGGCUUCCGCAGCAGCACCAGACCGCUCGCCCGGGUCCUGCCGCCCUUCCACUACCGCUGCCUCGCUCCCAGCCGCCGUCCUACGUCCACACGCCCAUGUACGCCAACGCCUUUAGCCCUAACAACAACGGCAACGGCAACGUCUGGACCGGCCACGGACCGGGCUGCGGCUGUCUCUACUGUGCAAAGAACCACGAGCUCUACUUUCCCGUCGCCGCUUUCGGUCUGCAGCCAGUCGCCGGUUAA